CACGAGGGUAGUGAUCAUAUUCUAGAAGCAGUCUUCCUAUACCAGUGCUAGUAAUAUAGGUGAUCAACAAUCAUGAAAUUUUCCUUAGGAUUAGUUCUUGCUUUGGCUUGCAUCGCCUCAGCGGCUGUACCGCCACCACCACCACCAAAACCAGUGGUACCUGUCGCGGUUCCAGCAGGUCCACCAGCCGGUGGUCCUCCACCACCAGCCGGCGGUCCUCCACCACCAGCCGGCGGUCCUCCACCACCAGCAGGCGGACCACCACCACCAGGCCCUCCACCAGCAGCCAGAGGACCACCACCUGCAGCUUUACCAGCAAGACCUGCACCUAGAGCUCCAUACCGUCCACCAUAUCGUCCACCAAUGAGACCAGUAGCACCAAGACGUCCCCCACCACCUCCAGCAACACCAUCUUUCUGGGAUAUGGUUUUCGGACCAAGUGGACCAACAACAGCUGCUCCUUUCUAUCCUGCUGCUCCAAGAUAUUUCCCAAGCAGGAUGGAUGAUUGUGAUUGUUUCCCUGACCAGGAUAGCUGUCCAGCAGGUUAUAAAUAUGGAGGCAAAUGUAGUAAUCCAGAGGGAGCAAGAUGCUGUGAAUAUUAUUAAGGACUGGUACCGGUGUAAUGGACAUGAUGGACGUUUUGUGAUGCUACUGCUUCUUAGUAUUAUUGUUAUUUAAUAAUAUUUAUUUGUAUUUACUAUUCGGUUUUUUAAUAAAAUUUUACAACCAAAUCCGAUUAUGUAGCACAAAGCGAAACAAACUGGAGUUAUUUCGUGUUUUUUUUUAUUUAAA